CUCACCCUGCUUCCUUGAUCUCAAAGCAGAUAACUUUGGCAAAAGGGGAUAGAAGAGAAGGGGAAUGUCAGUCAGUGCCAGCCUCUAAAGUGUUUUUUUUUUUUUUUUUUUGGGGUUUUGCGGGGGGGAAUGCCUGUAAUUAUUGAAGGAAUCUGAGUAGGGAUCAGUAACCCCCCAUCUCUUCACAGUUCUCUUCUCUCCCAUAUAACUUGCAGGCAGCCUUCAUUCAUUAAUUCAUUCAUUCGUUCCAGCCAUUAGGAAAAGAAACAAGGGGGCAAUAAGUGAGGGAGACUUCAUAAUCAUUGUAGUAUUAUGGGGAUCAAUGGAGGGAUUGUUCGGAGUGUCUUCUCCAAGACACGUUCUUCUGCUUCUUUCGGAACUUAUCACCAUCAUGGCAAUGGAAGAAGCAAUGCUGGUGAGAAGAAGAGGUGGAGUGUGGUGAGAUCAUACCUUUGUGGGGAUGAGUUCAACUCGGUCCAAGGUGAGAAGGAUUCUGCUUCUGUGAAGAGCUCGGAGCCUAGAGUCUCACAAUUUGCUCCGGCUGAUGAUUCUGUGGAGACCAAUGCAAUGCUGAUCGAGGAGGGAGAUGCAGUGGAGGAAAAGGAGCACAAUACUACGCAGUCUAGCUUGUUCCUUCAGCAGGAUGCAGCGAUCAUCAUCCAGACUGCAUUCAGAAAGCUGAUGGCUAGACGUCGGGAUGAGGAAGAAGCAAAAGCCAAGGAUGGUGAUAAGCAGGAGCAGCACCAAGAAUUGGCAAGUGGAAGUCCUGGCAGGUACUCCGUGAGCACAUCCGUUGAGGUUCAGACUGGUAACUCUGCAGAUCAUCUCUCCAUAGCAGAAAACAAUGGUGAACAACGCAACGCACAGAAGAAAGCCAGCAGAUGCCAAGAUUUCAGGUCCAAGGAAGACUGGGAUGACAGCACGCUUAGCAGUAACAUGUUAAGAAUGAGGAAUAAGAACAGACUGGACGCCACUAACCGCCGUGAACGAGCACUUGCUUAUGCUUUCUCACAACAGCUGCGGAUCUGCUCAAGGGGCAAGCAAGCCAGGUCCGAAUGUACGCAGCAGCAGCAGCAGCCUAGCAUGAGUUGGCAUUGGCUUGAAAGGUGGAUGGCUACCCGAGCUCCUGAAUUCUCGUUCGAGAGCCAUUCAAACAAGCAAUUUGAACAGCCAUCAAAGAACAACAGCCACAGAGAAGGAAAAAGCAAAUGUUUGGAUUUAGCAGUAGAAGAGAGGGAGAGCUGUGGGUCUAAUGAAGUACCUGUCCCUGCAAAGAGCUUAAAAGCCGACGCGAGAUUAGAAAAUGGCUCUUUCAUCAUCACAACCAAAAACGGAGCCAAGCCUCUAAGAAGUAUCUCCAGGAGGAAAACAGUACCAAGCUACCAAUAUCCUCCAAAAGAGCAAAAGACAGUCGAGAAGAGUUGUGCCAAUUUAGAGCACGACAAAAGGCAGAAGCUGAAAAGAUCAAAGAGCAACAGAGAAACCAAGUGCAAAGAUGCUUCAGCAUCUUACAACUAUGGCAAUAUGCACUUCCUUGUGAACUGAACUGAAAGCAAUGUAUCAAAUGAACUUAGAUAUCUUAGCCAUUGUUUCAGUAUCAAAUCAUUGAAUAAGCAAUAAUGAAGCUACUAGCUUCCACCAAUUUAACUGCAAGCAUAUGCUGGAACCCAAACUUUCAAUGCAUCUUGCAGAGUUGCCUUCCAAACACUAGAGAUUUUACUUUCUAGCCAUGGAAAAAUUCAAAGGCACCACCACUCUGUAAUGCCUGAUCUUCGGUCAUCACAAAGAUAUGAACCCAGUAACCGCAAAAUAGAUUCAAAAUAGGAACGACAGAAGUACGACUCUCGGUCGAGGAAAGUACCCCAAAGAGCAAAUAGCAGAGCUACAAACUCGGCAAUACCAUAAUCUCUCUAGAUCCAGUAAGAAGACAAGAUUACAGAGCUAUAGCUUGAAUAUAACAAGAGUAUAUUACACAAUCCAGAAGCUCUUUAGAUCUUAUCAAUAUCUUCGUCUUCAAACUCAAUGUAGUCAUCACCAGCACCUUCAUCCUCCUCAUCGAGACCUCCAGCAAUACCCUCAUUGAGACGAGUGUUCUCUGGAAGCUCACCAUACGCCUUGAGAAGCCUGGCCUCAUCAGGCAUGUACUUCAGGAUAACAUCAGCCUUGUCAUCCUGAUAGUCUCGGAGACCCACUAGAAUGAUGUCACCAGCUGCAAUCCAGACCUUCUUGUGCAUCUUGCCACGGAUAUGGCAGAGACGCUUCACUCCAUCGAUGCACGUGGCCUCACAACGCCCGUUACCGAGCAUGCGCAUCACCUGGGCAUACUCCUGCCCAUCUUCCUUGAAGAUCAGCUCACGCUUCUCAUCAUCAGCUUCGUUCUUUCCUCUCUUCCUGUUCUUUCCUCCCUUACCCUUGUUCUUCGGCAUGGUUUCUGGUUCUGCAACGCAAGUCCUCGAAAUCAAAUUACUGACCCUAAUAAUUCAAUCACCACAAGAACAGAGAAAUGAAACCGCCAACACGGCUGAACUCCAAGAAAAUGGAUCAUCGCUAGAAAUGAAAUUCACUUCUAACCAAUCAAGUAAGUUCAUCAAUUUGGGGAAAAACGCGUCAACCCUAAUUCUCGAACACCUCAACUCGAAGUUGAAGAAAUCAUACACCAACAUACCCAAUCAUCAACCCAUAAGAAAACAAAGCACGCCAAUGAAAAAAACCGGAACGGUCAGAACAACUCGAAUUCGAUAUUAACUAGCAAAUUGACGAACGACAAAGAGGAUGAGAGAAAAAACCUCGGAGGACGAGAAAAGAUCGGAACGUUUACCUCGAUUGCAAGAUGAUUGACAAAAUGAAUAUUGCUGCUACCGAGUAAAGAAAAACGAAAGAAGGGAUUGAAAUGACAAACCUUUGCUGUUGGCUUCUUGGAGAUGGAGAAGGGAAGAG